AAGUACUGGCUUUCUGUUGCUUAACCUAGCCUCGACUCUUAUCGGCUCUAAGUUGUAAGCAUUGCUAAUGAACUGAACGCAUUUCAUGUGUGGUUUUCCUGGUCUAACUUUAAAGCUCAUUAGUAUAAUUUGGCAAACUCACUCUACAAAAUGCAUGCAAAAUCUCAGAUCACCGGAGGUCUCUACUUUAUGGGAGUUAAUAAACAAGUUAAAUCACUUGGCUACUUAGGCAGCAGGUAGCUAGCAAGUAGCACAGCAAACUUCCCAUUGCCACACGAGGGUAUCCCAGUGUUCAUUAGGCCAGACAUGCGACAUUGACCAAAACCGAGUGGAUGAGGAUGGGCACACCCUGGACUCGGGGCUUGGUCAGUGGAGGAGGAUGUGAUGAGGGAUCGGGGGUCGAGUGGGGCUAACAUUUAUUUAGUCAUAAAGCUGAUGCGUAAUCUCAACAAGCCAGGCCAUUCCAAGUGGGUCAGAAGUUUGUCAGUUGGCACGUUCGAGUUUGUUUGGUUGCUUCGACUACACACACAAAAUUCGUCCCCACACCCAAAAACAGAGAAACAAAAACAAGUGUAGGAAAUGUCGCAGCUGAACGCGGAGGCCCAGCAGAGGCACUUCAUCACGCGCAGCAGUUAUGAGGGCGCCUGGGAUAGAUUGGUGAAUGUGAUGGACGGAUUUGGGAGCUACCGCUAUCCGGAUGGGAGCGAGUAUCGGGGCAGGUUCCAUCAGGGUCAGUUCCACGGCUAUGGUCACUUGCGACUGGCCCAGCCGUACCGCUUUACGGUUAAGGGUGAGUUCGAGCACGGUCGCCUGGUGUCAGUGGAGGACAUGUGGUUUUCCGACGGCCUGCAUGUGGAGGGCAGUUUUAAUGGCAUGGUCUUGCAGUGCGAUGAAUGGGAUUACCUGACGCCCAAGGAUCGGCGUUAUCAUGCCGAGCGUCGUUAUGGCCAACAGCCGGUGGGUCCCACCGCCUUUCUAACAUCCAAAAUGCAGCCCAGGAAUAUUCCCGAGCACUGCUAUGAUGUGGAGGAGGGUCUGUUCAACAGUAAGACCUGCUGGUUGACGGACCGACCAAGUCCGCUCCACCAGUUCAUGUACGUGAGCUGCCCGCAAGAUAAGGAUUGGAUCAAGAGGAAUUGCAGGAAGGCUAGAACCUCGCGCAUAAUUGAGCCACCUUCCGACUUUUGUCGCCGCAUUAUAGCCAACAAUUUGGCAACGGAACGCGCCCAGUUGCGAAGCACGGCCAUUUAUGCACCCAAUGGACAAGUGGAUCGUGAGCGAUACUUCCACAAGUUGACCAAGAAGCGUGGACAGCCGAAUGAGCCGCUGGAGAACAUUCCCAGACGUCCCAUGCCCCCCGACGAUCCCGCCUGGGACACGGAAAUGUGUGUGCGUGCCUAUGCCGCGAUGCUGGAUAAACGGCAGAAGGAUCAAAUGGAGUUCCAGCGCGUGCAUCCUUGCGCCAAAAUGGAGACGGUGAAGAGACCACGCCGAUGGUCGAGCACCUCGGAUGUGCGCAAUCCGCAGUCGGGUGGACCAUCCAGCUGCCAGACGGACAGCUUUGGCGAGGAUGAACUGGUCCUCAACUUUGAGGAAUCAUACCGCUCGGCCAACAACAUGAUGCGGAAACGGACGGCGGACAACAUAAAUGUGGUGCAAUCUAAUCUUAUACGCCGCAAUAGCUACAUGGACAUGACCCGGUCCAUAUUUGAGUUGUAGAACCGCGGAUCAAAGUCUUUAAUAUGUUUUUUUUUCAAUUUAAAUUUUAGGCUUAAGAGCGCAGAUAGAAAAAUGAAUGCAAUAACUUUGUAAUCUGUAAAAUAAAAUUCAACGUUUUUAAAGUUUCUUAUAAUA